GCACUACUACUCUUGGUUUGGUCCAUCAGUUAUGCAAUCUAUGUCUAAUAUCGGAAAACAAAAUCAUCACUACAACAUGAAACGGAAGCUCUCCACUUCUCAAGUGCAACCAACGCCCAUCCAGUGCGGUACAAGUUGUGUUCAUUUAAACGCGGUUACGUAUCUUCUCAAUUUUCCCUUUUCUAUCUUAUGCAGCCCGGUCGGUGGUGGUGCCAUAAUAUCUCCCUCUGUUUCGAAAACCAUUCAAGUGUUAAAUAAUCUCCGAUCGCCUGGGCUGCAAAAUUGUCUACUUCGCAGAAAAGUAGACAAACAAAAGCCUAUAAGUACAUGUUCCGAGCAAUCAUAAAUCGUCAAGUGAUUAAUGCUCGCAGUUUUGCUUGGUGACAGUGCGAGGUAUAAAGCAGUAAAAUGUUGCGAUCACGUACUUUGAUUGCCGCUGCACUGGUGAUCUAUGGUUUAUCCAUCGAUCAUCAGCGCUGUCACGCCAUUGAAAAGAUUCGUAAUUUGAUUGCUCAUCAUCGUGGAAACGGUGUCAGAACGGCGAAUGGUGUCGAAAAGCGACCGACUUUGAAUACGGCGACGCGAGUGACUCGGCAGACCACUGAAGAUGACGACGACGAUAAAGACAGUUCGAUGCAAUAUCUCCAUUAUGCCGCGAGGAGUGAUGAUGACAAUCAAUAUCGUGAUCACGAUUAUGACAGUGCCUCCGAUGAGGAGCUAGCGGUGAGGAAUCAACGACGAGCCGGUGUCACUGGGCCAGUGCAUACCUACAUAAAAACGGACAAAAAUGCCAACUUUAAAUGGGGAGUGAGACACUUUGUUGGAAAGCGGUACCGAGGUGGACGGAGGUGGCCUUAACUUGAGCUCGCGGCAGGUCGGUCUGCUCUAUGUGCCUCGAUGGUCAACGGAGACGGACAAAAUCAACUCCGAUUUCUGUGUUGUUUCUUUUCUCUGAUGGUUUUAUACACAAGUUUGUUGAGCACCGCUAUUAUAAUUAAUGACCGGUUUUAAGUAUGCAUUAUAUGAGCUCCAGUGAUGUUUUGAGCUUCCUAGUAUACCAUGAAGACAUCAAGUCUGAUUUAAUCAAUUUAUUGCUGUGUGAAUUGCACUUGCCUCUUCCUAAUCCCUACAUAAUCCAUUGUAUAAUUUUCAGCAUAGGUUUUCGCAUAUGCGUGCUAUCGAAUCAAUUAAUCUGUUCAAUUUUGCAACCAUAGGAACAACCGUAUUCUACCUUUUCGAUCAGCUUAAAUAGAAGUUUACUGUUUAAUUAGAAAACUAAAUCAAAGGAAUUUUUUUUUGUUGUUCAAAUUCCUAAAGAAAAGUUCAUACUUAACCCUUUGGGCAGACCCUAAUUGAAAAAAUGUGUAAAAUUAGGUACCCACUUGAUGAAGGUAAACUCUAAC